AUGCAUCGUCCGGCUUCAGAAAUGUCGCUGGAGGAAGAACUGCCAAAGUCUGGCUUGAACUACGAGUGGUUCCAGUUGGAGGGCCUUUCGGAAAGGGGUGCAGGGGGCCGGUUGAUCGUGGGCCCGGGUGUUUUGACCCGUGCAGAUCUCGACUUCAAUUGGGAUGUCAUUGCAAAGGGCAUGGAGUAUUUGGGAGCGCGGCCUGGGGUGGACAACUUGCAAGAGGAGGUAGAGUUGUUUUUCCAACGUUCCCGUCAGAAGGGCAAGAAACCGGUCACACGACGGCAGCCGCGAUCGAACGAGAUCCUGGAUGCCGGAUGUGAGGAGGUCGGCUAUGAUGAUGAAGAUGUUGAGUCGGAAGCUGGAACAGACGAUGAGAUCAUGGAGACUGAAGCCGAAGCCCCGCAGAUAGCCACUCCGCCCGAAGCUCCCAAGAAGCGUGAGCUGUUGAGAGCCUUGACUGAGCAGCAGCACAAGCUGUCGUUGCUGCUUAUGGCAAAGCAGAAACGUAAUGUGACGACCCAAGACACUCAAGUGAUGGAUGAGGGUAUCUUGGAGGAGGCUGCAGCCAGCGUCACCCAAGAUGUUCUAAAGAAGGAGGCGGCUGCUCUUGCUGCCAAUGCCUACUCGGAUGAAACCCCGCAGAAGCUGGGUCAGAAGCGACUUCAGACUGAGACAGCAGUGUGGGAACCGAGGAAAUCCCCGAAAAGCUGCCCCUCAAAGGUAGUUGUCAAGAAGGAGCCUUUGACAGAGGCCCCAAUCCAGAAAGAGCCUUUGAAGCAGCCCCCAAUCUUGAAGAAGCCUUUGCAGGAUCCCCCAAUCAAGAAAGAGCCGUUGGAGAAUCCCACAGUCCCAAUCAAGAGAGAGCUGUUUGAGGAGCGCCCAAUCCCAAGCAAGAAAAAGCCGUUUGAGGAGCCCCCAAUCCCGAGCAAGAAAAAGCCGUUUGAGGAGCCCCCAAUCAAGAAGGAGCCUGACAUGCAGCAUGAAUCAGAUCAUGAGCAUGAGGAGCCAGGCGAACAUGAGGAUGAGGAGUCACGCUUGGCUCCCCCAGUGGAAUCCCCGGCAGAGGUUCCAGCGCCCAAGGGCGCACCAGCCACGGAAGCAGCAAAAGCCAAGGAGGAUGCAAGCCAGGAUCGGCCUGCCCUGUUGCAGACGGCUGGUGUUGUGUCACCAAGUGACCAGAACCAGCCGAAGACCAAGAAGGAUGGAAAGAAUAAGGAAGUGCCCGACAAGACCCAGCCCAAACCCAAAAAGAAAGCCACGAAGGAUCCGAAGAAGACAAGCGAUGUUGCUGUUCCAAAGAGAAAGCCCGGCCGCCCCAGGAAGGAACCAGAAGAUAAGUCGGCCAAGCCCAAAAGCAAGAGCCCAAAGAAAAGCACCCCCAAGAAGCGCAAGGCAGCGGCAGAGGAGGAGGAACCGAAUAGCCAGGAUACGAGGUUUUACUCACCCAAGGUGCAGAAAAAGCCAAAAGCCAAGGCGAAAUCGAAGGCAAAAGCGGCCCCAAAACCCUCCAAGGCUGAAGAGAAGAAGCAGAGCAAAGGGGCUGCCCAAGACUCUGGGCUGAAGAGCAGGAAGAGCUGUGCGUAUCAUAAAGCAAAGGCCACCGCUUUGAAAGAUGGUUUGUCGAAAGAGGAAGCAGUGGCUCGGGCCAAGCAAGCCACCUGGUUGCUUAUGCUGAGCAGGACUGAAUCUGGCUAUGUGCCUAGUGGAUCUCCGAACUUUGGCUACCAGUCCAUGGUCUUCAACCUGAGCACUGCCGAGCAGAAUGCUGUCGCUUGCCACUUCGAUGCCGAGGCAACGGACUGGCAGUGGGACAUGUCGACAAUAUACGUACUUGCUAAAGCUGGGGGAGCACAAGUGAGGACGUUCAUGCAAUGUAUAAGACUUCCAUGA